AUGAGCAACACUGCACACAACCUUAUCACUGAUUCUCAGGCAUUGGUUGAGUGGUCAGGUACCGCAACUAUCGCAUCAGCAUCCUUUUCCGCUCAAGCAUACAACCGGGAUUGGGCUUUGCUGGAAGCAGUAGAUGAUCAGUCUCCCUGGGAAGAUCGAGAUGAAGGAAUCUUCGAAAAAUAUGUUCUUGGUGAUUCUAGACUUGGUACCAUGCCAAUAGAUGCAGGAGUACAGAUGGGUUUCCAAACACCCCUCAGCGGAAAGCUUUCCCGUCUUCCAUCUUUUGUAUUGCUAUCUAAUGGGAACGAUUUUGUACCGGUUCACACAAUCACGAUGCGCAACGCUCGUGGAAUACCGGCAGGUACUUCAGGUACAUGGGUGUAUACGGAGACCUCGAAGCCAGCGAAUAGCAGUCGGUCUCAAAGCGCAACAGCAAGUGAUCCGGAUGAUCAAGCAAACAGGAUUAUAACUGUCUAUGGCCAAACAAUCGCGGAUGACUCUCUAGGGGAUGUUUACAUGGUACCUCUGUGCGAUAUUCUCAAUGACAUCAAAGAUGCCGUCGGCGCUCGAGGAGCAAGACUUCCAGAAAGCAAUACGGAGGUAGAUGAAAUCUUGCGCAGGGUGAAAGAUACUACGAUCAAUGCCUCGCAGACUCAGGUGGAUAACCCAGCAUUAGCCCAGCCGCCAAUAAACGAAGCCGAGGCUACGUCCAGUUCGCUGAAUAGGAUGUCUUGCACACAGUGUGGAUCUGAGGGACAUACUAGGGAGACCUGUGGUGUUAAGGAUUCUUACAGUGGCUAUGGAAACGACUCACAGAAAACUUCAACACCUGUAGUGGCUGCACCAUAUAUUCCUACCAAAUACUCGAGCGGCGAUAAAGGCACGAAGAUCUGGUAUUGCUCUGAAUGUGGCGACGGCCCAAUUGGCGUGUGGCAACUGUGCUGCACCAAUUGUAGUCACCGAAGAUGCGGGGUGUGUGUUACGGAGGUGCAUAAAUAG